AUGUUGCAGAAAACUGAUGGAAUCUGGUACGGAGGAAGUGCCCAUGGUUGGGCCGAGGGCUGCCACUAUUGGCCAACUCUAGUUGGAGCUUAUCCAGGUCGUGCCUUGAGCUUUGUCUGCAAGAAAAAUGAUCUUACAUCUCCUCAGGUACUGGGUUACCCAAGCAAACCAAUUGGACUUUUCAUCAGAAAAUCCAUUAUUUUCCGAUCUGACUCAAAUGGAGAGGAUCUUGAAGGUUAUGCUGGUGCAGGCCUUUAUGAUAGUGUUCCCAUGGAUGAAGAAGAAAAGGUCGUGGUCGACUACACAUCCGACCCUCUGCUCGUUGAUGGAAACUUUCAGCAUUCGGUGCUUUCCGGCAUUGCCCGUGCAGGAAGUGCAAUUGAAGAGUUAUAUGGCUUUCCCCAAGACAUUGAAGGUGUCGUAAAGGAUGGGAAAAUCUAUGUUGUCCAGACAAGGCCUCAGAUGUGAUAUCGCUAGUUUAUCUUCGUGUUAAUUUCUUUCCCCUGUAUCUGGCUUAUAUAGAAGAGACGAUGGCUUAUAUUGAAGAG